CUCUUACGAAAACAAUUAAUUGUUAAUUGGAUUUGCGCUGCGCAUGUGACUUUGCAUCACCGACACUGAAAAUUCAUUUUGUGUUUGUUUGUCAUCAAUCGCAAGAUAGAAAAACAAAAAAAUAUUUUCUCGACAAAAAAACUCAUACAACAAUUUUUGUUUCUACUUGCGGUGUUUGUACUUAAAUUGUGUCGCAAAUGUGAACAAGAAAGAUUAAAAAAAAUUAUCGAAAAGUAAUAAAAAUAAUAACUUGACAGUGUUAAAUUGAAAAAAUUCGCAAUUGACAGAAGUGAAAUUUUACAAGAAACAUAAAAAAUGAUUUCAAGCAUUAAAUUGUUUAUUUCAAUUUUCAUCACCUACUUCACCUUUGUGACUGCGCAAUUAGACGUGAAUCUUGGCAACUCUACUGAUCACUACGCUAAUUGCACCAUUAACAAUGUCGUCUACUAUGACGAAGAUUGCACGAAUUUCUUCAAGAGAAUUCUAACGUGGAUGGGCCUCGGCAUUCUCAUUUUGAUUUUCUUAUUUUGUGGGUGUUUGUGGUACUGCAUCUGUUUUCUGUGUAGAAUUAUUUUCUGCAACGAUCGAUAUGAUCCUAGGAUGUUCACAAGGGAAUAUCCAAAUUACUCUACAAUUCCUUAAAGGAAUCAUUUCUACACUCAAGAUUAAAUAAAUAUUUGAUUAAAAAGUGAUUCAGUUUAAAAUAAUUCUUUAUCAAGAUAAUCGUCAUGUCACAUUUGAAGCCAGCAAUCGUGAAGUUUGUUUGUGUUUGUAGUUUUUCUUUUUUACUCGGUGACUCAUGUUACGAGUUGUUCUCUCUCUGCUCGCAUUUAUUUCAGUUUGAUUUUGUAUUUUCAUAAAUAAGCUUUGCUUUGUUUGUUUCUGAAUAGCUCUGAGAAUUUCAUUUUAUUUUAAUAACUUAUCAACUUCUUUCUAAUUAUUGUGAAACUGAUACGUAAAUUAGGCUGAUUAAAAAUGUCAGCUACACAUCAAAUUUUAUCAGCUGUAAUUUUAAUCACAUUUUCUUUGUGGAUUAAUGCGCAAGAAAUCAGUAAAAAUGGCGAUCGUUCAUCUUAUGAAUCAUUAGAAAAUAAAACUCAUUGGAUCAAUUGUACAAUUGAUGGUGUCGUUCAUUACGAUGAAGAAUGCUUCGAUUGGCUUGGGAAAUUCUUCACUUGGAUCGGUUUAGGAUUGUUUGUCAUUAUUUUCCUUUUAUGUGGUUGUCUCUGGUAUUGUGUUUGCACAAUUUGCAGUAUUUGUUGUUGCACUGAUCAACCACGACAAGUUAUUUACACGAGAUAUGUUUAUCCAACAACUUACACGCAAAUACCUUAAUUAACUAUGAAUCAAUGAACAUCUAAUGUGAUAAAAGUAAUUCAGACAUUGAAUAAAAUAAUAAUAAUUUUAUUUCUAAUCAAUCAACUUCUGUUCUCGAAACACGACAUCCAAGGAAUCUUCUAGCAUUUGAUUUGUUCCACGUAAGUUAUCGACAACUUUCUUUGCCCAAAUAAAAUAUUGAGAUCUUCGUUCUUCAGUCCAUUCCUCCGGCAAGCCGCGCUGAAGAUCUCUCAAGUUAUACAACUUGUCAGCAAGUUUUACAAGUUUGGCUUUUGUACUUGCAGUUUUGGCUUUUUCAAUUUGAAGUUCUUUUCGUGUCAUCUUUGGUAGAGUUUUAUCGUCGGUGACUUCCUUCACUAUGUUUGCGAUCUUUUCGCCGAAGAGUGUUUCAAUUUCUGAGAAUGUUGUGUCAGUAUCUUCAACAGUAUCAUGCAAAAGAGCGGCUAUUAAAACUUCAAAAUCAAAGCAUUUCCCUUCGGAUGUCAAAAUAUUAGCAACACCAAUUGGAUGAUUGAUGUAUGGUGUUUCACUGGCAUCUUUUCGUCGUUGAUCACGAUGUUUUACAGCAGCAAAAUCCAUCGCUUUUGUGUAUAAUUGAAUUGUUUCAUGAUUCCAAGCAGGUUGAUCCAUAACGAUGCGAUUUUUAUGUGCAGAUUGCGCUAC